UAAUUAAUUUGCAAACUAAUUUAAAAGGUAUAAGAUAAUUGAGAAGAGAGAGUGCUGACACAGCAAUAUAUAUCAAGCGUAAAGAUAGCAGAGAGUAGUCUCUCUGAUGGCAAAGUUAAACUUUUUUAUUUGUCUUUUUGGUUUCUGGAUAAGCUUUUUCGAUAUCCAAACAGAAUGCUUCCAUGGACAUCGGCUUUUGAAAAGGCAUAGAGCCUUAUUCAUCUUUGGGGAUUCACAAUUUGAUCCUGGGAAUAACAACUACUUCAACACUACUAGCAAGGCUGAUUUUUGGCCGUACGGUGAAACCUUCUUUCACUACCCAACUGGGAGAUUUUCUGAUGGCCUCCUGGUUCCGGAUUUUAUUGCUGAGUAUGCAAAGUUACCACUCAUUCCUCCAUAUCUACAACCCGGUGAUGUUGACCAAUUUAUAUUUGGUGCAAACUUUGCAUCAGGAGGAGCAGGUGCUUUAAAGGAAACUCGGGCAGGAUUGGUGAUAGACCUUAAAACUCAACUUGGUUAUUUCAAGAACGUUAGCAGACUAUUGAGGCAGAAACUAGGAGAUGAGGAGGCUGAAUCUUUGGUGUCGAGAGCUGUUUACUUGUUUAGUAUUGGAGGCAAUGACUACUUAUUCCCUUUUGAGACAAAUUCCAGCAUUCCUUGUACCUUUUCUGUUGAACAAUUUGUAGGGCAGGUGAUGGGGAACAUAACCCAAGUGGUCAAAGAAAUAUACAAGGUUGGAGGAAGGAAAUUUGGGUUUCCAAGCCUGUGGCCUUUAGAAUGUUUGCCAUUCACAAGGAGGCUUGAACUUGAAGGAGGUAAAAAGGAUGCUUGCUUUGAACCAAUCAAACCAUACAAAGAAGAACACAAUAAACAACUUCCAAAACUCCUCCAAAAGUUGCAAAGCGACCUCAAGGGAUUCAAAUAUUCAUUUCCUGAUUUUCAUACACUUUUGAAACAACUUAUAAAUCACCCUUCUAAAUAUGGUUUCAAGGAAGGGAAGGUGGCAUGCUGUGGCAGUGGACCCUACAAAGGAAUUUUGAGCUGCGGAGGAAAGAGGGAUGUGGCAGAGUACUAUCUUUGUGAUAAUGUCACUGAAUAUUUGUUCUUUGACUCUGCUCAUCCCACAGAAAGGGCUAACAGACUAUUGGCCCAGUUAGCUUGGAGUGGAGAACCCAAUAUAACUGGGCCUUACAAUCUCAAAGCCCUUUUUGAAUCUUAGUGAUAAAUGGUUGAUUUCACACACAUGGCAUGCCAGAUGGCACAGCUCACUGUUUUUUUUUCCCUCUGCUAAUCAAAAUUAGUCGUAGUAAUAUGUAGCAAAUGUUGAUUAGGUAAAAUAAAUUCAACUACAUGCAUGUUCCUUGAUGUUCAGGUGCUUUUAAAAAAUGCACGUGAUAUAAUAUCUUUCAAAACUUUGAUUAGA